AUUAUGGUAAUUCCAAUGCUCCUCUCUUUAUGAGCCCUUCUUAGUUCUGGCCUUUCUUCUCAGCUCUUCCAAUCCCUAGACCGCUGUUUGCCCAAGGGUUUCAAGUGAUUAGAAGGGUUUAGCGGAAGUAGCAAUGGCACCAGCUAAAGCUGACAGUUCAAAGAAGCCUGAUCCAAAGGCACAGGCUGUAAAGGCUGCAAAAGCAGUGAAGUCUGGUCCAACCUUUAAGAAGAAGGCCAACAAGAUCAGGACAAAGGUUACAUUUCAUCGCCCAAAAACAUUGAAGAAGGAAAGAAAUCCCAAGUACCCUCGCAUUAGUGCUCCACCAAGGAACAAGCUUGAUCAUUAUCAGAUUUUGAAAUUUCCCCUGACUACUGAGUCAGCUAUGAAAAAGAUAGAGGACAACAAUACGCUUGUGUUUGUUGUUGAUAUUCGUGCUGACAAGAAAAAGAUCAAGGAUGCAGUCAAGAAGAUGUAUGAUAUUCAGGCCAAGAAAGUUAAUACAUUAAUCAGGCCUGAUGGUACGAAGAAAGCAUAUGUCAGGUUGACACCAGACUUUGAUGCCUUGGAUGUGGCAAACAAAAUUGGAAUCAUCUAAAUUUGUUAUUGGCUUUGUCUCUUUAGUUCUCAUCGUUUUGUUUUGUACCGAAGUAAGUAAUUUUGUUGACAUCAAGCGGAGAGAUUUGUUGAAUUACUUCAAACUUGUAGACUUGUGUUACUGCUUUCUGGUUAUGUUCCAUCAUUUUCAAUGUCAUUGGAUACUUUGUAGGCUUGAAGUUCUA